AUGAAUGAGGCUAAAAAUGUAAUUUGUGUCUUACUCCUGUGGAGCUUUGCUAACACGUGUGCAGAUAAACCAUGUGCAGCCAUCCAGGUCCCAAAUAAAUCCGUCAACUGUGUAUGUAACGCUACAUAUUGCGACACGAUCAAUAGAGUUCCUCCAGGCUCAAAUACCUACGUUGUCUACACUAGUUCUGAGAGUGGCUUACGUUUUAACAAGACCAUCAAAACGCUGCAAACAAUCCGAAAUUCCGAAAGUGAAUGCAGUGCUGAAACUUUGGUCCUACAUCCUGACACCAAGUAUCAAACUAUAGAAGGGUUUGGGGGAGCCAUAACUGACGCUGCGGGCAUUAACUGGAGGAGUCUACCUGAGCAGGUUCAGAAGCAUCUAAUUAAUUCGUACUUUAGUGAUGAUGGAUUACAAUACAACACAAUUCGCGUCCCCAUCGGCGGCACAGACUUCUCUACGCAUCCAUACGCCUACAAUGAAUACCCAUUAAAUGAUACUCGCCUUACAAACUACACUCUUGCUUAUGAAGAUCUUCAAUAUAAGAUUCCAAUGAUCAAAGCUGGUAUGACAGUUGCCAGCACCCCAAUACAAAUUGUAGCAACAACCUGGUCCCCGCCCCCCUGGAUGAAGACGAACAAUGGGUACUCAGGAUACAACCGUCUCAAACCUGAGUAUUACCAGACAUAUGCCAAUUACCAUUUAAAGUUUUUAGAAAAAUAUAAAGCAGAAGGCAUACCAGUUUGGGCCAUUACUACAACCAAUGAGCCUACUAAUGGAUUAACUGGACUGAGCUUCAUCAAUUGUCUGGGAUGGACUGCGAAUAAUAUGGGCAAAUGGAUCCAGUAUUUUUUAGGACCAACAAUACGUAAUUCAGAAUUUAAAGAUGUCAAAAUCCUGGCUGGAGAUGACCAAAGGUUGACGAUUCCGUACUGGAUGAAUUUGAUGGUCUUGGAACAUCCCGGGGCACUCAAGUAUAUAGACGGUGUAGCAGUACACUACUAUACCGACUUCAUAGCGCCGGCCGCGCUACUCACAGAACUGUCCAAGUUUUACCCCAACAAGUUUAUCCUUGCCACUGAAGGCUGCAAAGGAUCUAUUUGGUUAAUAGAAAAACAUGUAGAUUUAGGCUCCUGGGACAGAGCCAAAGGCUAUAUACUCGACAUUAUAACGGAUCUUAAUCACAAUGUAGUUGGCUGGGUAGAUUGGAACUUGUGCCUGAACGCUCAAGGUGGUCCAUCGUGGGCUCGGAACUACGUCGACUCUCCAAUCAUAGUAUUCGCUGAAAAGGGAGAGUUUAUCAAACAGCCCAUGUUCUACGCUAUGGGCCACUUCUCUAAAUUUGUCCCGCGAGGAUCUAAGAGAAUCAAAGUCUCAGGAUCCUGUAGUUGGAGAGAUUCUAUUUCAAAUGUGGCUUUUAUAACACCGCGUAAUACAAUUGUAGCCGUGCUAUACAACAAUGGUGGAAACAAGACAGUCAACAUAAAGCUCGGAGAUAAGCAAGCCGUGGUGGAAAUGGUAGCUUCAUCUGUCACUACUAUUGAGUUACCUUCUUAA